AUGUUACUUCCUAAAAAAUUCAGGUAUGAAUUGAACCAAUUUAGCAACGACGGUGAGAGAGCUUCGAGCUUGCUGGAUAUCGACGAAGGCGGCGGUGACGAGGCCGCGGGUAGGAAGAAGCCACGUCUGUCCAAGGAGCAGGCGGCGACGCUCAAGGACACGUUGAAGGAGCAGAAAACCCUAAAUCCAUGGCAGUUCAUGCCUCAGUACAUCACUUGGUACUGCCUACAGGCUUUCACCCAUAGGAAGCAGUGUAAAUCCCAGUGCCUUAAGUGCCCAAUGAAGGGCAAAAAGUACAAUGCAAGUUGUGCCAAGGGUGUUAUUGAAUCUUUGGGGCUAGACCUAAGGAAAAUUGAGGGACUAAUGGACAAUACCAAUGCUGAUGUGGAUAAUCCCGUAUUGAAGGACGUGCAAGAGGCUCAGAUCAUUAGAGAUAGGGCAGUAUACAAGAUCACUUCUGAUUUUAUUGAAGUUGCAACUAGCGGUUCUAUUGAAGUGAUAAGAAGAUGUAUUCUGCCUAUUAAUCCAACUGAUCCUGAGUGUUUUCAUAUGUACUUUGGUUUCUUGGUUCAAAUUAUCGGGAGAUAUACUCGAACAGCACUUGGGGCCUAA